GAAGUGGCGUAGCUAACGUGCGCAGCGACAAAGACAGCGAGCCCGAAACCUAUGGGGAAGGAAUAAAAAAAGAAAUUCAGUAUCGUCGCACUCUGUACUUAAAGACCAUCAUUUUCUGGAGAGGUCGCUGCCCCGGAGGCUCGGUGAAGACGCGGAAAUUUAACGGCAGCGAGGGCGGAUUUUGACUCAGCGCAGAGCCAGUGAAUUCGUUGAGGAGGACUGUGGCAACUGGCAGAUUUUCCGUUGGACGGUCUGUAGGCUAGGGUAUAGCGAGGGAGCCGCCAUGGCAGUCGGAUCAUUGAGCCUCCACAUCGGGAUAUGAAGAGGAACUGCAUGUGUCCUGAAUCGUCCAGAAAACGCCGCAUUUCCCUGUGAUCCGCGCCGGAUCAGCUCUCUGAACACCUCGACUCACCUUUCUUCAUCUUUGUGAGAUUGAUUCAGCACCCAGAAAGAAAUCGCGAUUGGUUUUAAUCGAAGGGGGGCACAGGGAGAGGCCAGAUUCAUGACUAUUUUAGUCGGAGACGUGUCUUCAAAGGCCCGCUGAGAGAAAACCUGGAGUAUAAGGAAGAUAUGCUGCUCUGAUUUAACCGUUGGUGGGCAAGAAAGGGUAGUUUAUUAGGUGAUACGGACUACAGUGGAAGGAUAAAGGGAUCUCUUUCUGCCUGUCUUCCCCCUGUGAAUUAUAGUGUGAUUCAUUUACUGUCAUCCUUUUUGGAUGAGAAGGUCCGGCGGAUCAAUCAGCCCUGCCGUUUAGCAAGUCACAGUCUCCCGAGUCGAGAGAGAAGCAAAGGGAUUGGAUCAUGUCGGGUCGGCCCAGGACCACAUCCUUCGCGGAGAGCUGCAAACCAGUGCCGCAGCCCUCGGCUUUCGGCAGCAUGAAAGUCAGCAGGGAUAAAGAUGGCGGUAAGGUAACAACAGUUGUGGCCACCCCAGGCCAAGGCCCUGACCGGCCACAGGAGGUGAGCUACACGGAUACUAAGGUCAUCGGCAACGGCUCGUUCGGCGUCGUCUACCAGGCUAAACUCUGCGACUCUGGAGAGAUGGUGGCCAUCAAAAAGGUCCUGCAAGACAAGAGGUUUAAGAACCGUGAGCUGCAGAUCAUGAGGAAGUUGGAUCACUGCAACAUAGUCCGCCUGCGCUACUUCUUCUACUCCAGUGGAGACAAGAAAGAUGAAGUGUAUUUGAAUCUGGUUCUGGAUUACGUUCCUGAGACUGUCUACAGAGUGGCCAGACACUACAGCCGAGCCAAACAGACUCUGCCCAUGGUUUAUGUCAAGUUGUACAUGUACCAGCUGUUCAGGAGCCUGGCCUACAUCCAUUCGUUUGGGAUCUGUCAUCGGGACAUCAAGCCCCAGAAUCUGCUGCUGGAUCCAGAGACCGCUGUGCUCAAGCUCUGCGACUUCGGCAGUGCUAAGCAGCUGGUCCGCGGGGAGCCUAAUGUGUCCUACAUCUGCUCUCGCUACUAUCGAGCCCCUGAGCUCAUCUUUGGUGCCACUGACUACACUUCCAGCAUAGAUGUGUGGUCAGCCGGCUGUGUGCUGGCAGAGCUGUUGCUAGGGCAACCGAUCUUUCCUGGUGACAGUGGAGUGGAUCAGUUGGUUGAAAUUAUCAAGGUUCUCGGGACCCCGACUCGAGAGCAGAUCCGCGAGAUGAACCCCAACUACACUGAGUUCAAAUUCCCCCAGAUUAAGGCACAUCCUUGGACUAAGGUGAGUCAACAGGUGUUCCGGCCGCGCACGCCUCCGGAGGCCAUCGCCCUGUGCUCUCGCCUGCUGGAGUACACGCCCACGGCCCGCCUCACCCCUCUAGAGGCCUGCGCACACUCCUUCUUUGACGAGCUGCGAGACCCCAACGUCAAACUGCCCAAUGGGAGAGAGAAGCCCUCCCUCUUCAAUUUCACCACCCAGGAGUUAUCCAGUAAUCCCUCUUUGGCCUCCAUACUCAUCCCUGCCCACGCCCGCAGCCAGGCCGCCGCCUCCACCCCAACCAACACCUCUGCCACCACAGAUGGCAGCAGCACAGAGCGAGGUCCCAGCACCACCACCGCCUCUGCCUCGGCCUCCAACUCCACCUCCUGAGCCCACAAUACGACCCGCCCCGCCCCGGUCUCAGCCCCAGCCCACGGCCUCUCCAUUGCCCCGGCCAGGGGGUGAGCUUCGCUCAGCUCUGCUCUGCCCUGCUCUACUCCCUGACAGCAGCGGAGCGAUGCUGACGCAGUCCGGGUUCGACAGCUAGCCAACAGCCCCAUGCCACCACCACAAACCAAGCAUCCCUAAAUCUGCCUCUUUUAAUCCCUGGCUGGCCCCUCCUCCAGCUGUUUGAACUCUACACCAUCCUCCGUCAAAGACGUCUCUCCGUGCCCUUUCAACGGGGAAGGAAAGCGCAGGGCCAGAGGUGUUGUCGACUGUACUAUUGAUAAAAGUACACUGUACAUGUAUACACAAUGCUAGCCUGCUAAUGUUUGUAAAAGGACAAUCUGUAGAAAAAGUCCUACGCUGUUCCCCUUGGCCCUCUCCCUAUCUGGCCUCCCCUCUUUGUCCUCCUCCACAUUGUCCCAUUUUUCUGCAUCCUCACCCUCUGACCUCCGACCCAAUGUGUCCCCUGGCCGAUCUCCCCUUUGGUUCCUCCUGUAGUGCAUGGCCUGAGUAUGGAUAGGAUCACCCGGGGGGGUCACCCCGCCCUCUCACUUCUCACCUCCACUUCCGCAGACAAGGCAUGAGGCUCACGCACGGGUAUACACACAAACACACUCAUAAACACACAUCCUCACACACAUGGGUGCAUGAAGAUCCUGAUGUAUGUGGAAAGAAGCAGUCCACUUGUGGGGGUAACGUUUGGGCAGGUUUAUUUUUUUCUUUUCUUUGCCUGGGGUUGUUUUUAAAUGGUUAGAAAAAGCUGUUUUACUCGACCUUGUUUUUAAUUUUUGUUUUGUACCCCUGGGCAGAUGUUUUUGGAUUGCCAUGUGCGAUGGAUGUGACACGUAUCUGGUCCUGUGUGCUUGUAUAAUAUAUACAUACAAUACAAAACGAACAUGCAUACAUACACAGUUUAUAUAUUACUUUUCCUUAUGUAUAAAAAGUAUAUAUAGAUAUAUGUAUAUUAACUACAAUGGUUCAGAAAUCAUUUAUGGUGAGCUCAUAUCUGGCAGUGCAGUGGCAAUAUUUGCCGCUGCCUAAAGACAAUAGAUUUAGAUAAGGUGGUGUUUUUGUUUUCUUUGCUGGAGUGUGGUUAGAUUCCAGCAGUCACUUCCCUGUUCUCCCGUGUUGUCUGUAUUAAGGCUGUAGAUGCAUUUUAGGGCAUUGCUCUAUUCCCCGUCUUUGUACGACUCUGUCUAUAACAGUGUUUCUGUGACAGUGCAGCGUCCAGACAAACAUCUUCUCCCUCCCCUCCCCACCCGUCUUCCUCUUUUCUCUCCGUCUCUGUGAAAAACUCAAGAUGUUUCUUAACACUUUUCUUUCCUCGACUCCUUGAGAAGUCCCGGCGGCGGUCCCCCCCUCGGCUCACCCCCCCCGGACUGUCUCAUGUGUUGUGACCACUGACUGAAGUGUUAGCCUAGCGUUCUUUCUCCUCCACCUGCCGCACAUAGAGCCACUCGGUACAGUCUGUCGAAGCGUCUUAUUUGCAGAGAAUACUCACUACAUUUAAAAACAAAAAAAAAAAAAGACAAAAAAAGAAAAGAAAAAAGCUGAAUUUGUAUAUACAGUAUAAAUGCUCCUCACCAAAAUUCUGUAUGACUUGUAUGUUGUUUUUUUUUAUGUUAUGUUGAUUCUUUUUUUCCAUGUUGUGUUUAAGGUAUGUAUAUAUGCAGACCCAUGUACUGUUUAUGAGCAAAAACAAAGAGGGUAGGGAAAGAAAUGAAAAGAAAAAAGAUUAAAAAACAAUCAGGGCAGAACUGAUAUGAUGUUUAUGGAUAUUGUAGAUGAUGAUGAUCAGCUUUAUCCAGCCAUAUGUUCAAUCUUACCUGUACAGUACAGUAGAUGACAGCUGUAUUAUUGUAACAAGAACUAGUCAUGUAUAGUGUAACUAUAGUUUGGAGUGCCUUUGCUUUCAUACACCUUCGCCUUGCCCCCCCCCCACCUCCCCUCCCUGCCAUCACCCCCCACCCAUCCGAUUGUGACUCUCCCUUCGGUGCUGUUGAAUGUCCUGCUAUCCUGCAACACACACAUUCACACCCUCCCACUUGAUUUUCAACCCCCUGUCACUCGCACCUCCUCCCCUCUUUCAUCGCACACUUAAUGUAAUAUACAGUACAUUGUUAAUUGUAAGGAUUAUUUUUCCUUAACUGAAGAUACAAGUAGAUGAGUGUUUAUUUUAAUAGAUGUUUUAUCUUGGACACACAUGCACGCACAAACAUGUAUACCACAGUCCUGGCACGGGCUCCGGGGCAUGAAGUGGGUUGUACGGGGAGGGUCGCGGAUGGCAGCAGGGGGUUAAAAAGGCCUCAUAUACUGUAUAUAUACAAUACAGUACAGUUUCUGUAUUACUCACAGUGUUGGUUCUGUUACCAAAGCCAAACUAAGAUGUAGUUGUGAUGAGCCAUCCUCAGAGGCAGUCUUGUUUCCUGUCUCUCUUACUCUUCUUCUUCUCUUUCUGGAUAUUUUGUUGUUCCUCUGUCCUCUUGCUUGUUCUCCUUCUUGUCCGUGUACUUCGGAGGGGGAAUUCAGUAGCACCUAAGGGGUCGAGUCAUGUAGCCUCUCUCCUGUCUCCUGCUUGCUGUAAUUUUGCAUUCAUGAACGUGUUGCUACCCUCCACCGGAAAAAGUUUGACCACCUCACCUUACCCCUGGCUCCAGUUCAAUAAAAACACCACAAAGGUUACCAAAAAAGAAGUAAAGCGAAUAUAUAUGCGAGCAUAAUCUGUUAUGCUGGCAUAUAUAUACCAGUUUGAUAUGCUAACUGGGGUUAAAGAAAAGAAAAAUCAUAGAAAAUACUACAAAAACAUCCUGUAUAACAGUACUACUACUUGAAUGCCUCUGUUUGUGACUGAAAUUUUUAUUUCUUUUGGUUAUUUUUUUUUCCUGUUUGUUUUGUUUUUUUCUUUUGUUCUGUGAAGGUAUGCUAAAUGUGCACCUCUGUAAAUAUUCCCUCUGCGUGCUCUGAGGAAUAGUUCCCUGGUACUGUAAUUUGCAUUAAAUAAAGAGUAGGAUAGCCUGGAAAUGAUCAA